AUGGCUUCAAAACUGUCACUUCAUACCCUUGCCAGAAUUGAAGAUGCCAAACCAAAACACCAAAAAGCUGGGUCGGAUGAUGUUAUAUACAAUUCAGGGUACGAUUGUGACCCUAAUAGUAGCCAUGGCAAUAAUCUAAGACAUUAUGCCAAUGCAACAAAUAUCAGCGCAACAAAAAACGGCUCGUAUGACGAAAAGAAUGGAUCAAGUGAUUCUGAACCUAAUAUAAUCGAUGUGUUGAAAUCCCACAAAUAUAAAGGAAGUGAUCCAUUCCCACUACUCAACAUUGAUUAUUCAAUGAAUAUGAUUAAUUUAGAUUGGUGGAGAAUGGGACGUGCUACUUAUGGCUUCGAAAUGGAUCAAAAUUGUAUUCAGAUUGUAGAUAGAUCGACCCAACCAUCACCGUCAGAUCCUAAUGAGGUUUGCCCAGUUUGUAUAGAUAACCUCGCUAGUGACGUUGUUGCAUUGAAUGGCUGUUCACAUAAAUUUCAUAGAGUAUGUAUCAUUGAAUAUAAGAAUAAUGAAAAAUAUGGAAAGUGCAAUUUGGUUUGUCCACUUUGCUCAAUUAUAUCGCUACCAGGUAGAGGGCCCUCGCCAUGCGGGACGAUGUCUUGGAGAUUGUCUAAUAAACAUUUUAUGCUUGAUAGAAACGAAGUCACUGGGGUUUUGACGAUUAAAUAUACCAUACGUUCUGGUACUCAAAUGAAGUGCCACCCCCACCCGGGUUCGCCAUAUUCGGGCGGUCAAUUCAAGGCCUAUCUACCACUUACGGAUGAUUACAUAUCACUACUGAAGCUGUUUAUAAUGGCAUUCUUGGAUGGCCAAACUUUUACUGUUAAAAGUAUGCCUAUUGGACAAUCGCAUAUGGAUGUGGUUGUUUGGAACCUCGAGCACAAGUACAACCUACACGGUGGCCUGUGCAACUUUGGCUACCCGGAUCUGUAUUACUUGGAACGUGCAUCAAGCCAGGUGAUUUCCAUACUCAACAAUGGUAGAUAA